GGGGGCCUUCUCGAGGUUUUGUUUCUUCUUUUAAAAAAUCAUCUGUAAUUAUUUCUUCUUUUCUAGUAAAAUAGAAACAUUAUAGGAAAACCAUGUCAGAGCACAGCAGGAAUUCAGACCAAGGAGAACUCCCUGAUGAUGAGAUUGAUGAAGAUAAAAUUUUGGCCAACUUGUCACCCGAAGAGCUGAAAGAAUUGCAAUCGGAAAUGGAAGUCAUGGCCCCUGACCCCAACCUUCCCGUGGGAAUGAUUCAGAAAGAUCAAACCGACAAGCCACCGACAGGAAACUUCGACCAUAAAUCUCUUGUUGAUUACAUGUAUUGGCAAAAGGCAUCCAGGCGCAUGCUGGAAGACGAGCGCGUUCCUGUCACCUUUGUGCAAUCCGAGGGAAACACUCAAGAACAGCAUGAAGAAAUAGGCAAAGGUAAUAAAAACAUGUCCCAAUUUUUAAAAGAAAUGCUCAAUAGUGAAAUAGCUGCAAAUAAGAGAGCUUCAAAGGACAGCAACAAUGUCCAAGAAACAGGUGAUGACCAUGAUGAAGAUGAAGAUGGAGAUGAAGACGAAGAUGAUGAAGGAGAAGAUGAUGAAGAAAGUGAUGAAGAAACAAACACAGAUGAGGAAGAGGAAGCAAAAGAGCAAACCAGAAACUGCGAGAGCAAUUGCCAACCAGCAACAAAUAAAGCAUUGGAAGAACAGACAGCCAGACCAGAGGCCCAGGAAAAAAGUGAGAAAAAAAUAUCAAAAUUAGAUCCGAAGAAGUUAGCUCUAGAUACUAGUUUUUUGAAGGUAAGUGCAAGGCCUUCAGGAAACCAAACAGACCUGGAUGGCAGCUUGAGGCGCGUCAGACAAAAUGAUCCUGCCAUGAAGGAACUCAACCUGAACAACAUUGAAAACAUCCCCAGGGAAAUGCUCCUGGACUUUGUCAAUGCCAUGAAGAAAAACAAACACAUCAAGACGUUCAGUUUAGCGAAUGUGGGUGCCGAUGAGAAUGUAGCGUUUGCCUUGGCCAACAUGUUGCGUGAAAACAGGAGUAUUACCACGCUCAACAUCGAGUCUAAUUUCAUCACAGGUAAAGGAAUUGUGGCCAUCAUGAGGUGUCUCCAGUUUAAUGAGACACUAACCGAACUUCGCUUUCACAAUCAGAGGCACAUGUUGGGCCACCAAGCUGAAAUGGAAAUAUCCAGGCUGUUGAAGGCCAAUAACACUCUCCUGAAGAUGGGCUACCAUUUUGAGCUUCCUGGGCCCAGAAUGGUGGUGACCAAUCUGCUCACCAGGAAUCAGGAUAAACAAAGGCAGAGAAGACAAGAAGAACAAAAACAACAGCAACUCAAAGAGCAGAGAAAGUUAAUAGCCAUAUUGGAGAAUGGGUUGGGGCUGCCCCCUGGGAUGUGGGAGAGGUUGGGAGGACCGAUGACAGAUGCCCAAAUGCAGGAGUUCCUCCAGCCUCCUCCUCAACCUCCCCACCCCCAAGCAGUCCCCUUUAGUCGAAGAAACGAAAUGAUGAAAAAGCCAUCGCAGGCUCCGCAGUACAGGACCGACCCUGACUCCUUCCAGAUGGUGAAGCUAAAAAGAAUCCAGCGCAAAUCGCGGAUGCCCGAGGCCAGAGAACCACCUGAGAAAACCAACCUCAAAGAUGUGAUCAGAACACUCAAACCAGUGCCGAGGAACAGACCACCCCCGUUGGUGGAAAUCACUCCCAGAGAUCAGCUUUUGAAUGACAUUCGUCAGAGCAAUGUCGCCUAUCUUAAACCUGUGCAACUGCCAAAAGAAUUGGAAUAAGGGGCAACAGAAUCAUCUAGAAGAACAAGAAAUUGAAAUAAUGACUCUUGGAUUAGAAUUUGAAGACUAUUUCAGCAGCAAUACUUUGGAUACAGGUGACAGAACUGGCAACAGUGCUAACAUCUAACAGGGGUAUUUGUAAGAGGCAGGAUGCUUGGGCAAUGAUGAAAUAGGGGCUGAAGAGGAAGG